AUGAAGAAUUUUCAAGCAAGACUGGAGCUUGCAAGACUCUCUGCUGCUGGGUAUAGAGCCCAGGUGUGCUGUGAAGACUUUCUGCUCCCAAAGGUGUGCAGGAUUGUGGCAGACCUGUGGCUCAUUUACUCCAAGCCCACCCCAGCAAACAGCAGAGAGCUGUGGACCUUGUUUCUGCAGUGCUCUUGCAUCACAGCAGUGAUAGGAGGCCUCUUUUACAACUGGCUCUUUGCUUCCCUGGAGUACUCCUGGCACCUCUCCGUGGCAGUGGCCACCUCCUUCAGCCUGCUCCUUCUCCUGACCCUUGUCAUGGUGCAUCCUGCCCGUUGUGUCUUCACUAUGGUCAUGCCCACCUUGGGUACCAAACAGGGCCGGAAGCUUCUGCUGUCCACGUGCAUCAUGAUAGCAGCAGUGAACAUCACACCCAACAUCAUCAGCAACAUCAAAAGCAUUCUACAGGUCAUCCAGUGCAUCUGCAGGAAUUCCUCCGAGAGCCUCCUGAACUCCACGGCUCUGCUGGAUGGAGCCUACAGGGAGUUUGGGAACGCCAUUCAAGAAGCUGUUCAUUCCAUCCAUUUUUACAGGCCUAUGGAGGGACAACUCCGAUUUUCGGUGCUGAAGAACAGCUCCUUUAUCUACCACCAAAUUCACCUUGCUGGCGAGAAGAUCGGGAGGGACUUUCUAGCUGCCCAGAUACUGGUCAAAGGCUCUGCACAAGUAGGCAACAGGCUGGUUGCUGCCUUCUCCAUGUUCUAUCUCUGCUUUGAGUCCACCUGGUAUCUGAAAAAUUACCUCAGCGACCUCCACUUUGACAACUUUUACAUCACCAGGAGGCUGGCGCAGUUAGCUGUGGACAGCGAAGCAGCUGACCUGCUGCAAGGCUCGUCCAGGAAGCUCAUUCGACCAACAGGCUUGAGGCUGACCCGGGAGGAGCUGACGUCGUGCCUAGUGCAAGCCAUGCUCCUCAGCCUGGCCCUGCUGCUGAUGCUGGUGGUCGUGGCCACGGAGCACUUGGCCUUCAGCAUGGCAGACACUGCAGUGACAAAGGCAGCUCAGUUCUCCACGGUGCCCGUGGCCCUCCACAUCAAGUACAGUGCUAAAUUAAGGAUCUCUCCAUUGAUUCCUCAGAGGGAUUUACCACUUAAGGAAUUCGACAGAAGCUACUCUCAUUACCUGACCUUCAGCUCCGCCCAGUGCAGGGUCACCCCCCCAGUGCCCCCCAACCCCUCCGUGCUGCUCGCGCUCGGGCUGCUCUUCUGCAUCCUCUACAGCAGCAUCUUCCUGCAGACCUACGCCCGGCGCCUGUGCAGGGCGAUCGCCGCAGCCUUCUUCCGCAGCUGGGAGGAGCAGCGAGCCCUGCACCUCUGCAGGGAGCUCCGCCUGCAGCGCCAGGGGCACGGCUCCAGGAGCUAGGGCUGCGUUUGGAGCCACAGGGCAAGCCUGGCAGCGGCUGGGCAGCGGCUGGGCACGUCUGCAAUGAGCCGUGCGUUGAAUUUUCCAGAGUUAGAAAAGUGUCUGGGGAAAAAGAUUUGUCAGAAAAAAAGGAGGGGAAAGAGAAGUGUCAGAGCUGAAUGAGUGUGAGGACAAUGAGCUGCGCUCGCUUCCCUGGGGGUUGUUUAUUGCAGCCAUUAAGCCUGGAGUCAGCCGUUCCAGGAAGGGUGAGAGGCU